AUGACUGCGGUUCUCGAUGAAAGAUUGGAUUCCGUAUAUUCUGAUUUACAUGAUAAGUUUGAAACUUUGAGUGACCAUGUCAAGAAAUUGGAUAGCCAAGUUGCGCAUAACGCUGGGUUUGUCAGAAAAGAUGAAAAAUUCCUUCCUGGAAAAACUGACACCAACCCGAGACGCCAAGUUUGUUAUGUGUUACUAAGAAGCGGAAAACGCCUUUCCCCGAGCGCUAUAGAAAUCACUUCUGCAGAAAAACCCCCCGAAGCUGAAAAGGCAACGAUUAACCUCGAUGAAGAAGAGGAGGAGUUGGAAGAAGAUGUGGAAAUCAAUCUACAAGAAGGGAAUAAUGUCAAUCAACCGACUAUGAUAAAUAUCGAUCGACAGAAUGAAAACAAUGCCGAUCGACGCUCGACUCCUGCCAAGUCGGCAGUAGAGAGAGUGUAUAGGACUUUGCCACCCUUUCCUCCUAACAAGACGCAACCUAAGCGAGAAUUAGAUAAAGCGAUCUGCAAGAAAGCAUUCGAUAAAAUCACGUUGGAAAUGCCACUUAGUGAUGCCAUAAAAGUAGCACCUUCGAUUAAGAAAUAUGUAAAAGACAUGGUAUCCAACAGCUUCCCAGCUGCUGAACACAGCGUCAUGAUGGUUUCAGAGGAAGGAUACGACGAGUUCAAACCCACCAAACUAACUUUGGUUCUUGCUGAUAAAUCCGUUAGAAUACCCGAGGGAGUACUAGAUGACGUGCCGGUAAGAAUUAACGACUGUCACGUACCAACGGAUUUCGUUGUGUUGAAAUACCAGAAUGAACCAAAAGAUCCCCUCAUCUUAUGUAGACCAUUUUUAGCUACCGCUGGUGCAAUCAUUGACGUCAAGGAAGGUCGGAUAUGUUUAAACAUUGGAAACAUUCCAAUGACCUUCGAUAUGGAAAAACUAAUAAAACGACCCUUAAUCGAUAAACAAGCUUCUUACGUGGACGAUAUAUCUGAGUUGGCUGAAGAAUCCUUCAUAGACCAAUGCUCAGAUGAUCCCCUGAAAAAAGUGCUCAUAUCUACCGAAGAGGAAACAUUUAGCAUUGACAUCAGAGCUGAUAAAUACGCGCGAUAA